GUUCAGGCGGAAACUUUGUCCACCUGUUGAACAGGUGCACGUGCCGUAACCUACAGCCGGCUCGACGUGCGCGCGCGCUUCCCGCUGAGCAGAGAGUGGAGAGCCGCUGAACUUGUCGGCGCAGCGCUAAGCCGGCGGACCCGCAAGGGUUAAACGGCUCUCUGGUGCGCUGGGCGGCGGGGUUGGAGGAUGGUUGCGGCUCCUAGCUCGCCAAACACCUGCGCACCAAAAUCGGCCAAGUUCCUCCAGAACCGCUGCCGCCUGCCACCGCAGCACAGCAGACAAUGUCGGAGCGGAGCGGGACGAGCGGACUGGACCUCGCUCCGACUCACUCCCGCUGAGCCCGAGAGGAAGCUGGAGAGGUGGGGAGGGGGUGGAUAGGGUAGGUGGGUGUGUUUCUGCUCGCGUGGAAGCCGCCUUCAUGGACGGACAGCGGAUCCUGGCCGAGAUGGAGAAUCCGACGGAGAACCCAAGCAAGGCGGCGGAGUACCUACAGGAGCUGAAUAACAUCAUCGAGACCCAGCAGGUUCUGCUGGAGAAGCAGAGGAUCCGGAUUGAGGAGCUGGAGCUCCAGGUGACAGAUCUGUGCGAGGAAAACGCCUGUCUGAAGGAUCAGCACCGGAGGCACCUGACCACCUGCGGACUCGCUCAGGGGAACCCCGGCACGCUGGGGGGCAUCGAGGAGAACGUCGUGCAGGAAAAACGACACGCCUCGUUGCCUGCACGGGUCUUUGAGAUCCACCAGAACGUCUUUGACCCCCUGUGUAGAACAAGUUACCCCUGCCUGAAAUGGAAGUCUGCAUCCUUUGGUGUGGAAGGUGACGCCCCUGGCAGUGACGUCAGUGUAUCUGUGGAUCCCUGCGUCAUCUAUGGUUGCAAGCCGGUGACCCACGGCGGCAGACCUGGCCUGGACUACCUGGACAGCCAGCUCUACGGACACAUCUUUCUGCCGAGCCACGUGCGACCCCGCCGCCCCAAGCUCCAGCACUCCCAGUCCAUCCUCCGCAAGCAUGCAGAGGAAGAAGCCAUCAAGCGCUCCCGCUCAAUGUCAGAGAGCUAUGAGCUCUCGUCGGACCUCCAGGACAAACAGGUGGAGAUGCUAGAACGCAAAUAUGGCGGGCGUUUCAUAACCCGGCAUGCCGCACGUACCAUCCAAACAGCCUUCCGCCAGUACCAAAUGAAUAAGAACUUUGAGCGUCUCAGAAGUUCUAUGUCUGAAAACCGUAUGUCCAGACGGAUUGUUCUGUCCAACAUGAGAAUGCAGCUUUCCUUUGAGGGACCUGAAAAAGUCCACAGCUCCUACUUCGAGGGAAAGCAUCUCUCUUUAUCUGAUGAAGGCGCCAACAUCGGUGCGCUGGUGCAGUCGGAACACGGCAGGGAGAGAGGUGUACAAAUGAAGAUACCGAGCACACAGAGUGACCUCACAUAUGCCGUCACAGAACUGGAAGAUGCCUUCUCCAGGCAGGUCAAAUCUCUGGCCGAGUCCAUCGAUGACGCACUGAACUGUCGCAGCCUACACGGGGAAGACAGUACUUCAGAGCAAGGAAGGAGCCACCCGGAUACGGACAGAGAGCUCAGCCACCAGUUGGAAUCCUCCCACAGCCCUUCAGAUCACCGCAAGCUAGAUGAGAUGACUGCAUCUUAUAGUGAUGUGACCCUUUACAUUGAUGAAGAAGAACUAUCGCCCCCCUUGCCUCUCUCUCAGUCUGUAGACCGGCCCUCCAGCACAGAGUCAGACCUGCGCCAGCGUUCCCUGAACUCCUCUCAAGACUACUGGUCGCUUGCUCACAAAGAUGAAAAGGGGGACACGGAUACCAGCUGUCGCAGCACGCCUUCCUUAGAAUGCCAGGAGCAGCGUCUGCGAGUGGACCACCUACCCUUACUGACUAUAGAGCCCCCCAGCGACAGCUCAGUGGAACUGAGCGACCGGUCUGACCGCAGCUCAUUAAAGAGACAGAGCACUUAUGACAGGAGCCCCAGCAACCAACAGAGCAGCCCCAAACACAUCGGCCACGGCCUGCCACCUCGGGGACCUUCCCGGGAGGAAGACCCUUCCCGUCACUGUGCCCGGCAGCUGGAAGCCCACCUGGCUAUCAACGGUACACCCAACCGCCAGAGCAAAUCAGAGUCUGAUUUCUCCGAUGGGGACAACGACAGCAUCAACAGCACAUCAAACUCCAACGACACCAUUAACUGCAGCUCCGAGUCCUCAUCCAGAGACAGCCUGAGGGAGCAGACGCUCAGCAAACAGACGUACCACAAGGAGACUCGGAAUAGCUGGGACUCACCGGUGUUCAGCAACGACAUCAUUCGCAAGAGACACUACCGCAUUGGCCUAAAUCUCUUCAACAAGAAGCCAGAAAAGGGGAUCCAGUAUCUGAUUGAGCGAAGCUACGUCCCGGACACUCCGGUGGGUGUUGCCCACUUCCUCCUGCAGAGGAAAGGCUUGAGUCGGCAGAUGAUUGGCGAGUUCCUUGGCAACCGUCAGAAACAAUUCAACCGAGAUGUUCUUGAUUGUGUGGUGGAUGAAAUGGACUUCUCAGGCCUGGAGCUGGAUGAAGGGCUCCGGAAAUUCCAGGCACACAUCAGAGUUCAGGGAGAGGCACAGAAGGUCGAGCGGCUGAUCGAGGCGUACAGCCAGCGCUACUGCAUUUGCAACCCCGGUGUGGUGAGACAGUUCAGGAACCCGGACACCAUCUUCAUCCUCGCUUUCGCCAUCAUCCUCCUCAACACCGACAUGUACAGCCCCAAUGUGAAGCCUGAGAGGAAGAUGAAACUGGAAGACUUUGUUAAAAACCUUCGAGGUGUUGACGACGGGGAGGACAUACCCCGAGAGAUGCUGGUGGGGAUAUAUGAGCGGAUUCGAAAGCGAGAGCUCAGGACUAAUGAAGAUCACGUGUCCCAGGUUCAGAAAGUGGAAAAACUGAUCGUUGGGAAAAAACCAAUCGGGUCUUUACACCAAGGUCUUGGCUGUGUGCUGUCACUACCCCACCGAAGGCUGGUGUGUUACUGCAGGUUGUUUGAAGUACCUGAUCCCAACAAGCUACAGAAGCAGGGCCUGCACCAGAGGGAGAUCUUCCUCUUUAAUGACUUGCUAGUGGUUACUAAAAUAUUUCAAAAGAAAAAGAACUCCGUGACAUACAGUUUUCGUCAGUCCUUCUCACUCUACAGCAUGCAAGUUCUGCUAUUUGAGAAUCAGUAUUAUCCCAACGGCCUGCGCCUGACCUCGGCCAUUCCCGGCGCAGACAUCAAGGUCCUCAUCAAUUUCAAUGCUCCCAAUCCUCAGGACCGCAAGAGGUUUACCGAUGAUUUGCGAGAAUCUAUUGCCGAAGUCCAAGAGAUGGAGAAGUAUCGGAUAGAAACUGAGCUGGAGAAGCAGAAGGGUUUGGUGAGGCCCAGCAUGUCCCAGUGCUCUGGGUUAAAGAAGGAAACUGGGAACGGAAACCUGAGCCGAGCCAGCCUGGACGACAGUUAUGCCAUUGGCGAGGGCCUAAAGAGGAGCGCGCUCAGCAGCUCCCUACGGGAUCUCUCAGAUGCAGGAAAGCGCGGGAGACGCAGCAGUGCUGGAUCACUAGACAGCAAUCUGGAAGGCUCCAUCAUUAGCAGUCCUCACAUGCGGAGGAGAACCCCUUCGGGUCGAGACUGUGCAUCCCGUCACAGCGGACACUCCCUGCCCAGCUCCUCCUCCCUGCUCGGGUCUCUGUUUGGCACCAGGCGGGUGAGGUCGCCCGGGCCCUGCCCCGGCCCCAUCCCUCAGAGCCCCCACCCCACCCUCGUCUCCCACGCCCCGCACCCGGCUAACCUGCACCACGCGGCCCGAGCGGAGUCGGACUCGUCCGUUCCCGUCCAUCCUCACCCCGUCCCGUUCUGCCACGUGACCCAGAAUCCCCCGCCUUACCACCACCACCAUCACUACCACCCACCGCCCCAUCUGCAGCGCGCGCCACACCAGUGCCACGCGCCUCCGUCUCACAGCCAGCACCCGCCAUACCCGCAGCACAGCCACGGCAGCCACUCUGCCCACGGCGGCCACCUCCACAGCCCGCCGCCAACGCCAGCGUCUCAGGUUCCCAGCAGCAGCACCAAGCCCAAACACAGUGGUAUCAGCACAGUGGUGUGAGUGGAUCACGGCAAACAGGACCUUGUAAAGACUUUUACCGGAUGAGAUCGUCACACUGUGGUCUCUGGUCUGCAGAUGAAUCCAGACUCGAGCAUGGACUUUGUUUGGCGUUAUGUUUUUGCAAACCUUUGCUCCUUCAUCCCCUGCAUUUCAUUUCAAGUUCUGUCUGCCUGCUUCAGGAGAGACAGACUCAUGCAAAGACCACAAGCACGGCAAAAGAACAAAAUAUCUUACUAAGUAUUUUUGGUCUAGUUUCUAGAGCAAAUGUCUUGGUACUAGAGGUGCACCGAUUGCAUUUUUCUGGCCAAUCACCGAUUACC